UUCUAGCAUAUUUCUAUUAGGUUAUGAACUACCAUACAGUUAACAGUAAAAUGUCAGUUUACGCACAUUAAAGUAUGUGUUACACACAUUAAUGUGUGUAAUACUGUCCAGAAUUGUUUUUAUUUUAAAGUAGCCAAAUCAGUAUUUAUUGUAACAGUAACACAUAUGUAACUUUUAAUCGUUUUCCUUAUUCAUAUAUAUUCAGAAAGCAGUUUUCAGGAAAAUAAAGAUAGAAAACAACGAGGCGACUUUGCAAUCGUGCCUAUAAAUGUUCACUUGUCGAAACUUCAUACCCCAAACCUCACUCUAAAAAAAUUACGGAUACGGAUUCAACGCAAAGUGUAUGGUUCAAAGUCCAGGAGGAACAUUUUCUGUCGAAUUGCUGAUUACGAGAAACUGGUUCUGUAGUUAUAGACAGUGACAAUGAACGAACCUAGUGAAGUUAGGUGCACAAAAACGAACUUUUCUCCGAUCAUUUGGAGAGUUUGCAAUGUAUAUAUAUGCAUGUCAUUGUUCUUUGGUCUAGCAAGUUAUGUGAGGCAAGUGAUUCCCUUAUUUGGUUACAUUAGACUGUUUUUCAGAGUUUGGAGGAGAAUUGGUAAACUUCAUGUACUUAUUUCGACUGCUGUUUUUUCCAUGAUGGGAUGACUGUAUAAAGAGCGCAUCACAAAUAUCUUCCAGCAAGAGGAGGGAAGGGAAUUAUCUGGUCUCAUGUUGAUACUUGUCUGGCUUCUCCCGUGUCAACACUCCGGAAGUUCUAUUGGGGCUCUCAGACUGUUCGUUGCUGUUGCCAUCACAAUCUUCCCCUUUGUGGCCUGGCUGUACUACUACAUUAACAAGGAGCUGAGAACCAGCUGGCCCCCGCAUUGUAAAACUGCACUGUAGAUAUCCACUCAUUAAGAUAGUCCAGUGAUGAGUGAGCAACAUAUCUGCGGGUUGGAACAUUUACAAGAGGAUAUGACCUAGCUACAGAGGCAGUAUGGAAAUCAUGAAUGCAUUGUUUAAAAAGACGCAUGUAAAAAACACCCCUGCUAAACCAUACAUUUAAAUAAGUGACAAUGUCAUAAAUUAGAAUGUGUAUGAUUGAUACAUUUUCCUUUUUUUACUGGAAUCAUACAUUUCUCUUUCAAAACAUGUUUGUUAUAGGAAGCCCAUUGCACUUGUGGUGAUAUCUGAUGUAAUCCCAGUAAAAUAAAGCAAUUGAAUAAGAAAUAUAAAUUGCUUUUUAAAAUGAUUUUUGCAUCAUUAAUCGAAAUUGAAAGAAAUGCAUGUACUGUAGCCUACUCAAGGCUCCAAAUAAUUAGCUAUUA